AUGAAAUACCAUCGCGUUAAUGACCGGGUCGUCAAGCUAGACAGCGGCGAUGCAUCAUCGUCACCACCAUCAGACGUAGCAGACACCCUCCUCCAGGUCCUCCAGUCAAACCCACCAGACCGCACAGACUCCCGGAAGCGCGCCCUCCCCUUCCAGCCGCGCUCCUACCGCGACUUCAUGCUCUUCGAGGCGCACUACUACGGCGCAGUAGUAGGCAUGACAAGCCUCUUCCGCCCAUCCGCCAACAUGAUCGGCCGGCUAUUCACCUUCAUAACCGGGGUCGAAUUUCCCCCCUUCAAGCCGCAUACGCUGUGGUACCAGCAGCCCAUCUUCUAUCAGUCCAACCACCUUGGUUUUUAUUCUGAUGGUGCCCCGAUACAUUACCCCCGGUACUGUGAGUAUUUGGAUGUCGAGCUCGAGCUGGGCAUCGUGCUGGGCAGGCCCCUUUACAACGCCUCGCCCGAGGAGGCCACCGCUGCUAUUGCCGGCUUUUGCGUGUUCAACGACUUCUCGGUGCGCAAUGGACAGAUGGGCGAGAUGGCAAGUGGCUUUGGCCCGCAACACAGCAAGUCGUUCGCCAACAGUAUAUCGUCUACGGUGGUCUCAGCAGACGAGAUCCUGCCCAAGAUCAACCAGCUCGUUGGUCGCAUUACCAUCAAUGACAAGGUCGUGCAGGAGUCGAAGGUCGACAAGUGGCAGUUUUCCGUGGGAGAGGCCCUCGCGCACGUGUCCAAGAGUACCCGGCUGUACCCGGGCGAGUUCUUUGGCAGCGGUACUUUUCCCACCGGCGCUGGCAUCGAGUAUACGGCUUUCCAGUUGCACGUUGGUGACGUGGUAACGCUAGAGAUUGACGGCAUUGGAUCCGUGACGAACACCAUCAUCUCUGAGGAGUAA